UCAUACGUCACUUUUUUGGGAGGCUAUGAAGUGUUAGCGGCUGACUGUGUUUUUCUAAAUAAAUUGGAAAGUACUGAUUAAACUGUAGUCCUAGAUUAGUCAGCUUAGUUUAUAGUUAGUAAAGUGUAAGAAGGAAAUGUCUUAUUCGAACAAAUAUACUUUUGCGGCUCUGCCGAGGACUGCGCGCGGUACGCCGUUGGUUCUUGGUGGUGACCCAAAAGGCAAGACUUUCCUGUAUACCAAUGGGAAUUCGGUGAUAAUUCGCGAUAUCGAGAACCCGGCUAUAUCGGAUGUGUACACGGAGCAUUCCUGCCAAGUAAACGUCGCUAAAUACUCGCCCAGCGGAUUCUACAUUGCAUCUGGAGACGCGUCAGGCAAAGUUCGCAUCUGGGACACUGUGAACAAGGAGCAUAUCCUCAAGAAUGAGUUUCAGCCGAUCGGAGGGCCUAUCAAGGACAUCGCCUGGAGCGCCGACAGCCAGAGGAUGGUUGUGGUCGGCGAGGGACGGGAGAGAUUCGGCCACGUAUUUAUGUCCGAGACCGGUACCUCGGUCGGCGAGAUCAGUGGUCAGUCCAAGCCGAUCAAUUCCGUGGACUUCAAGCCGACGCGGCCGUUCCGCAUCGUCACCGCAUCGGAAGACAACACCCUGGCCGUGUUUGAGGGACCGCCGUUCAAGUUCAAGUGCACUAAACAGGAGCACACCCGUUUCGCCCAAGCGGUGCGGUACAGUCCCAAUGGCAAUCUGUUCGCGUCGGGCGGCUUCGACGGCAAGAUAUUCCUUUUCGAUGGCGCCACUUCCGAGCUGAAGGGAGAAAUCGGCUCCCCAGCCCACAAGGGUGGUGUAUACGGUAUCGCCUGGUCACCAGACGGCACACAGCUGCUCUCUUGCUCCGGAGACAAGACCUGCGCGAUAUGGGACGUGGAAUCCAUGCAGCGGGUCACCCUGUUCAACAUGGGAACUGCUGUUGAGAAUCAGCAGGUAUCCUGCCUCUGGCAAGGCAAUCACCUUCUCUCCGUGUCCCUAUCGGGGGCCAUUAACUACCUCGACGUGGCCAACCCGGACAAGCCUCUCCGCAUCCUGAUGGGACACAACAAGCCCAUCACGUGUCUCGCGCUCCAUCCUGAUAGAGGCACCGUGUACACCGCCAGCCACGACGGCUGCGUCUCUUCCUGGGACGUCGCCACCGGUGAAGGGCGUCACUUCCUCGGACAAGGCCACGGCAACCAGGUGAACGGCAUGCGAGCCAGCAAGGGUGGCUCGCUCCUGACUUGCGGCAUCGACGACUCGCUGCGGAAGGCCGUGCCUGCCGCUGAAGGGGACGUGCCAACAUACACCGACGUGGCGAUUGCUUUAGGCUCGCAGCCGCGUGCCAUGGAUCAUAUCCCAGAGGAUGACACCACCAUCGUCGCUACUGUCAAGGAGUUGGCUGUAGUGAUCGGAGGCAGCAAGCAGUCGACGCUGCCUCUCUCGUACGAGCCUACCUGCGUGGCCAUCGAUCCCAAGUCCAGACACGUCGCUGUCGGCGGCGCGGACAACAAGGUGCACAUCUACACGUUGGACGUGCGCACUCUCACGCCCAGCGUGGAGCUGACACACUUGGGCGCCGUCACCGACGUCGCUUACAGCCCCGACUCUAAAUAUCUGGUGGCUAGCGACGGCAACCGGAAGGUUAUACUGUACUCGACCGAUGAGUACAAGCCGGCUCACAACAAGGAGUGGGGCUUCCACACAGCUCGUGUCAACUGCGUGGCCUUCAGUCCCGACUCCGAGCGCGUUGCAUCUGGUUCUUUGGACACCAGCAUUAUCAUCUGGAGCGCGCUGCAGCCCGCCAAGCACACCAUCAUCAAGAACGCCCACCCCCAAAGCCAAAUCACUGGCUUGGCGUGGCUUGACGACGAGACCGUGGUGUCUGUGGGCCAGGAUGCCAACACGCGUAUCUGGAACGUGCCCAAGGCCUAAGGCCUGUAAGGCCAGCAAGCGACAGGCCGAACGCCUGAAGAUUGGGUUUAAAGGUUUGUAAAGGGAAUAUUCUUUAUUUUGAGAUUUUAUGAUACGUCCUGAUCGCUUCAAGCUGACGAGAAUAAUUGUAGUUUUAGGGAGUUAUAAAUGGUCGAUAAUUCGUGUUAACCAUAGACCAUAGAUAAACACAUGUAAGGGAUGGUUCUGUCAUAAUGAUAAGUCAUAUUAAAAUCAAUUUACUCAAUUAUUGGACUGAAAAAUCCCUACUUCAACCAUAUUGGUGAAACUACAGUUCUGAGGUGGUUUUUAU